AUGAAAUCAAACUAAUACACACUAAUUUCGAUUGAAGGAAACAUUGGGUCUGGAAAAAGCACUUUACUAAAAUUGAUGUAACAAAAAUAUCCAGAUUUACGAUUUAUACCUGAGCCUGUAAAUGAAUGGCAGUGUAUUAAUGGAGAUCCCUCCUUGAAUUUGUUAGGUUCUUUUUAUGAGGACUCUACCAGAUGGGCUUACACAAUGCAGGUGUAUGCCUUUUAUAGCAGAUUGAAACAUUGGAAGGAAGUUCUCUCAGAUCCAAUCAAUCCUGAAGAGAGACAUUUGAUCUUAAGCGAGAGGAGCAUUGAGGCAGAUAAAGAAAUAUUUGCUGUGAAUGGACAUAAAAAUGGUUUAAUAAACAAGUUGGAGUUUGCAUUGUAUGAGAAAUUCUAUGAUUGGUUAUGCGAGGAGGUUUUUGGAAAGAAAAUUUAAAAGCAAAUGAUCAUUUAUUUACAAGUGGAUCCAGAAGUGUGUCACUAACGAAUGCAAAAGCGAGCCAGGGAUGAAGAAAAAAAUACCAUUUCCAAGGAAUAUCUGACAUAAAUCCAUAAUAGACACGAGGAGUGGUUAUUGAGGGAAACCCAUAAAAAUACUUCAAUUUUGGUGUUGAAUGGAGACCAAGAAUUCGAAACUGAUCUAAAGUAGUAAUAGCAGAUGUUUGAGGGCAUUGAUAACUUUUUAAAAGGAAUUUUAUGA